UCGACUCAACUGGCCCGAUAAGACCCUCCGUGGAGCUUAGUAUUCUGUCCCUGAAAUGGAAUAUUUCAGUUGUGUAGCGCUUUUUAUCACGCUCUUUUCAGUGAAUACUGCGGUAUCCGGAGCUACCUGUGGAUUUGAGUCAUGUCCCGCUACGAAAAUAAAUAUGAUAAAUGUUCAUUUAGUACCCCAUUCGCACGACGAUGUCGGUUGGCUAAAAACAGUGGAUCAGUAUUACUAUGGAAGUCAAAACCGAAUUCAGCACGCUGGUGUUCAAUACAUUUUGGAUACGGUUGUUGAAGAACUCCUCAAGGAUUCGAAAAGGCGUUUCAUACAAGUAGAAACGUUUUUCUUUGCGAAAUGGUACUCCGAACAAACGGAAAUUGUUCAGAGAGCUGUGCAAAAAUUGGUGGCAGAAGGUCGUUUGGAAUUCACUGGAGGAGCUUGGAGUAUGAAUGAUGAGGCCACAGUUCACUACCAAAGUGUGAUCGAUCAAUUUAAUUUGGGUUUAAAAUACCUAAAAGACAACUUUGGGGAUUGUGGACGUCCAACAAUCGGUUGGCAGAUCGAUCCAUUUGGUCACUCCAGAGAAAUGGCGUCUAUAUUUGCACAAAUGGGUUUUAAUGGCGAGUUUUUCGCACGCAUGGAUUACGUUGAUAAAAAGAAGCGUAAGGAGGAUCUGGAAAUGGAGAUGGUUUGGCAAUCAAGCGAAUUCCUGAAGAGUUCCAACAUAUUCACCGGAAUGCUAUACAAUCACUACUCCGCUCCUCCAGGAUUCUGCUUCGAUAUCAACUGCCAGGAUGCUCCAAUAAUCGAUGGCGAGAGCUUCGAUAACAACGUUGAUCAGAGAAUCACUGACUUUAUCGAAUACAUUAAGACAAUGUCUAAGUAUUAUCGAUCCACUCACAUAAUGGUUCCCAUGGGAGACGAUUUUCAGUACGAAGAGGCCGCAGUGAACUUCAAAAACAUGGACAAACUGAUAAAGUAUGUGAACGAUCGGCAAUUGGAGGGUUCGCGAAUCAACGUUUUCUACUCGACACCCUCGUGUUAUCUCUACGAAUUGCAUCAAUUGCAGCAAACUUGGCCAAACAAAACCGAGGAUUUCUUUCCAUAUUCGAGUGACUCCCACUCGUAUUGGACGGGAUAUUUCACUUCGCGACCCACGCAAAAGCGUUUCCAUCGGGAUGGAAAUCAUUUCUUUCAGGUCGUAAAGCAACUGAGUGUCUUGGCCAACUUGACGAGCACUCAGCACUUGGAAAACAUAGAAAAUCUAAGUGAGGCCAUGGGAAUAAUGCAGCAUCAUGAUGCAGUUACAGGCACUGAAAAACAGGCAGUUGCCCAGGACUACGAUCGAAUGUUAUUCAAGGCGAUUGUUGGUGCGGAAAAUAAUGCUCGCGAUGCCCUUCGAUCUCUGACCAGUUUGAAGUCUGGGGAAUUCGAAAGUUGCCUGCAACUGAAUAUCAGUGUUUGUGCCUUCACCCAAAAUACUGCCAACAAUGUAAUUGUGACUCUAGUAAAUCCACUGGCCCAUACUGCAACGCAAUAUGUGCGGGUUCCGGCGAAGAACGAGAACUAUUUGGUCACCGAUGAAAAAGGUCGUAAAGUUACCUCUGAAGUAAUCCCCGUUCCUUGGCAAGUUCUAUCCUUAGAACAUCGACCGAAUGACACUCAACACGAAUUGGUUUUCAAAGCCACUGUUGAUAAAAUAUCAAACUUUUUAAUACGCGUUUUACCAAAUCCAAAAAAUCUUGCACAGGAAAAUGAAUAUUUCCCCCUAGAGAAAAUCCAGGAUGAUUCCGAUGAUUUAAUAGUGGAGAAUUCGCUUGUUAAACUCACUUUUGAUAAAAGUUCAGGUGGCUUGAAAACCAUUCAAAUGAAUGGCGUAACCGAAAAUAUUGAGCAGCAUUUUGGAAUAUACAAGGGAUAUCAAGGCAAUAAUGGUGAAUCCAACAACCGAUCUUCGGGAGCCUACGUUUUCCGUCCAGAUGGAGAUAUUGAAAUACUCAAUGACAAAGUGCAGCUUUCUUUUUAUAAUGGAACCCGAGUUAAGGAAGUCCAUCAGCAUUUUAACGAUUGGAUUUCCCAGGUAAUCCGCAUUUACGAUGAGGAAAAUCGUGUGGAAUUCGAGUGGUUAGUUGGUCCAAUUCCAAUAGAAGAUGAUAUCGGAAAAGAGAUAAUCACUCGCUUCUCGAGCAAUAUAUCCUCCAAAGGAAAAUUCUAUACCGACUCGAAUGGUCGGGAAAUGCUGGAACGUGUAAGAAAUCAGCGAGAAAACUUCGAUCCCGACAUGUCAGAGGCAGUGAGUGGAAAUUAUUAUCCAGUAACUGGACAGAUUUCCCUGCAAGACGACGAAAAGCGAAUCACUUUGCUGAAUGAUCGAGCUCAAGGAGGAUCCAGUUUAAAGGAUGGGGAAUUGGAGCUAAUGUUGCAUCGUCGAUUGUUAAAUGAUGAUGCAUUCGGCGUCGGAGAAGCCCUCAAUGAGACUCAGUUUGGAACUGGUUUGAUCGCAAGAGGAAAGAUUUCCCUAAUUCUCGAUUCUGCAACUGAGAAACCAAAACACGCCGAACGACUUUUGCAACACGAGUUGGAUCUUCACUUUUGGAAGUUUUUCAGCAAAUCCAAUGGUAUUGCUUCUGUAAACCGCCAGUUGAUUCCCGACUUUUCAGAUUUUCCAAAAUCGGUAGAACUUCUCUCCUUUGAACAAUAUUCAAAGGAUCAAAUUUUAAUAAGAGUGGAGAACUUUAACACAUAUGGAAAUGUAGUGAGCUUUAACAUUUACCCUCUUUUUAGCUCCUUGAAUGGAGAUCAGAUUUGGGAAACAACUUUGGACGGAAACAUGAAGUUGGACGACAUGAAGAGAUUCAAGUUUAACCAGGACUCAUCCGGCAGUAUUCCUUCUUCCGUUGAAUAUUAUUAUGCCCCGCAUACUCCGUUGUCAGCCGAUUCCACGAUGACCGCUUCCGAUUUUGUUGUCACUUUGGUGCCAAUGCAAAUUCGUACGUUCAUAAUCCAGCAAAGAAAUUAAGUUCUAUAAAAACUAACGCAUGAAUAAUAUAUAAAGUACCUUGCCAAUAAAACAAAAAGCUUUUUUAAAGUA